CGUCUCCCCCUCGCGCUCUCGUUCCCCUCGGCCUGUCCUUGCUCUUGUCCCAAUUGAAAGCGUGAGAUUCUUCUCGUUUGGGCUCAUAGCAUCAUGGAUUUCAACAACCUCAAAGACCAGGUCAGCAACCUGACCUUGUAUGACCUCAAGGCGGGCGUCCGCAAGGUCCAGAAUGCGGUGAUGAACUACACUGAGAUGGAGUCUAAGGUCCGAGAAGCUACCAACAACGAACCAUGGGGCGCCUCGACCACGUUGAUGCAGGAAAUCGCCAACGGAACUCAUAGCUACCAACUACUCAACGAGAUUAUGCCCUUGAUCUACAAGCGUUUCACAGACAAGACCGCGGAGGAAUGGCGACAGAUUUACAAGGGCCUCCAACUGUUGGAAUUCCUGGUAAAGAACGGAUCGGAACGAGUGGUUGACGACGCCCGAUCGCACAUGUCCUUGCUCCGAAUGCUCCGUCAAUUCCAUUUCAUCGACCAGAACGGGAAGGAUCAGGGAAUCAACGUGCGCAACCGGUCGUCGGAGUUGGUUAAGCUGCUCGGUGAUGUCGACCUGAUCCGCACCGAGCGCAAGAAGGCCAGGGCCAAUCGCAACAAGUUCGGCGGAUUCGAGGGCGGCGCGUCUGUGGGAGGAGGAUUUUCGGGCUCGAGCGGACGAUAUGGCGGCUUUGGCAGCGAGAGCAUGUCCUUCGGCGGAUAUAGCGGGGGCGUGUUCGGCGAUGGCGGCGGGUUCGGAGGUGCCUCGAGCGACUUCCAGGAGACCUCCGCGCGCCACGGCAACCGAUUUGACGAAUAUGACGAAUAUGAUGAAGCCGACGCCGCUCCGGCUGCUCGCCCCAGUCCUCCGCGUGCUGCUCCCCGGCGAGAGACCAAACAGCCGGAGCCUCCGAAAGCGCCGCCGCAACAGGAUCUCUUCGACUUCGGAGACGAGGAGGUUGUCACUUCGGCUCCUGCGACGACGUCUACGGCGGCCGGUAAACAACCUGCGGCCGGCAACAGCAACGGCCUGGAUAUUCUCGAUGCCAAACCCAUCGACGAUGACGACUUUGACGAUUUCCAGUCCGCAACCCCGGCGGCCCCGGCGGCGUCGUCGUCGAACCAGUUCGGCAUUCCGCCGCCCGCCUCGACCGCCAGCACAACCUCGAGCACUCAGUUCGCGGCCCCCAAGCCGGUCUCGGGGACUCAAGGCUCGAACCUGAACGGUCUGGUCGGAUUCACCUCGAUGACCCCAACUCCCACCUCCAGCACGAUGGCCUCGCCCACGCUGUCGCAGAGCUCCCUGAUGCAGCCCCAGCAGCAAAAGCCCAUGCAGCCGCUCCAGCCCAAGCCCACGGGCUUCCAGGCCGCCACCCCCAACUACUUCACCUCCGUCAACGCCAACAACGCGGCCCCGUCCUCCUCCACCAUCUCCGGCCACCGACCUGGCAUGCCGUCCGCCUCCUCUUUCAGCUCCGCCACCACCUCUUCCGCCGCUGCCAAGCCCGCCGCGUCCAAGUCCUCCGGCGGUGACGCUUUUGGCUCCCUCUGGACCAACGCCAGUGCCACGGCCGGUCUCCAGAAAUCCUCCUCCAACGCCAGCAAAGGCCCCAACCUCGCCAGCAUGGCCAAGGAGAAAGCCAGCGCCGGCAUCUGGGGCGCCCCGGCCUCGUCCCCUCAGACUCCUCAGACUCAGCAAGGGUCUAAGCCGGGGGGUUCGGCAUUCGAUGAUCUGCUGGGUUGAUUAACUCAAGCUGUACCUUUUUUUUUUCUUUUCUUUAAUUUGCUUCUAUUUCAGUUCCGUCUGCUGCUUUAUACUCCCUCUUUCUCUAUCUCUCUCUUCGUUCUACUUGAUCUCUUGGGAACAUUACAGUAUCAUAUGAGUUGACUUCAUUACUUGCCAAUUCCAUCUUGCAUAUUCUUUUUUCCCGCCUUUUUGCUCUUUCCUUACCUUCCGCUCUUCUACUUUCUUUCUUCUCUUCUCAACUCAAAAAAGUCCAUCUCGUGGAUAGGACAGGCACGGUAGGAGUAAAAAGAACUCAAAAAGAAAUCACAUCGCAUAAGCAACGCACAGAUAAAACCGGAAAGAAAGCAGAUAGGCAGACAGACAGACAGACAGAAGCUUCAGAAACACGAAUACGAU